AUGUGGCCCUUUUCAACAUAUCCAGAGAAGACAGUGGAUGAUGUAGCCGGAAAGACGUUCGACUACAUCAUUGUCGGUGACAAGGGUCACAUCGAUGCCGGGGUUCUCUCGCGGAUCCCACUACUUGGUAUCCUGCAGAGCGGGGUCGUCCGCUACAACGCCGAACCAAACGCGCACCUGCGCGGGCGUCGUGUGCAACUCCUGGCCGGCGAAAUGCUAGGUGGCACCAGUCGCGCUCACUCCAUGGUAUGGAGCCCCGGCGGCCGCCCCGAAUUCGACGGUUGGGCGCGUGAGCUGGGACUAGAUGAAUGGAGCUGGGAAAAGGUAGCGCCAGCUUUUGAGCGGGUUGAGGAGGCUAUUCAGCGGAAAGGGGCGGGUGAUAUAGGACUCAUGUCAUAUGUGGAUACUGCGAUGGAAAGAGUAGGACUGGGUGAUGGAGGGGGAAAGCGAGGCACCCAGAGAUAUACCCGCAGCGAGGUCUCGGUGGAUGCAGAUGGGAACAGAGUAUCUGCCUUGACAGCGUGGCUGAGUGCCUCGGUUGUGAAUGAGAGGAAGGGACGACUGACGGUGUGUACAGGCGUGACUGCAACAAAGCUCGAGUUUACAGAUAACGGAACGAGUGCUACAGGCAUAUGGAUCAAACGGGAAGGUGGUGCAGACAUUUUGGUCAAGGCUCAACAAGAGGUGAUUCUCUGUAGUGGCGUAUUCGGCACGCCACAACUGCUCUUACAAAGUGGCAUUGGCCCUAAGGACCAUUUGUCCGGUCACAAUAUCCCCGUGCUACACAAUCUCCCCGCAGUGGGUGCGCAUUUGACCACCCAUAUCCUUGUACCAGUCAUGACAGAGCUCCCACUCAAGCACACACUGCAUAUUAUUCAGACAGUGGCUAUCUUAUGGCACUUUUUACUGUGGCUCUUCUCCGGGACUGGUGUGCUUGCCUCUAACGGCCAAUGGGGCGCCGCGUUUUUGCACUCGGAUUCAAUCAAUGAGGCAACAAUGACGGUGGUUCCUCCCGAAGACGGCGAAAAGGAAGUGACAGAUCUAGAAAUCCUGAUUGCCCCGCUGAGUACACUGAUCGAGCAUGGUGUCCCCGGAGUACCCUGUAUGACGUGGUACGCAGCACUUGUGCAGCCCCACACCACAGGCAGCGUUGAGCUCUCGUCCAAUUCUGACCCAAAGGCGCCUUUGAAAAUUACCCUCCCAUUGUUGAUCGAUGCUCGCGACAGCGCCCGACUACGUAAGGCAGUGCGGUUCGCUAUGCGGUUGGCAGACGAGUUUGCGGGAACUGAGGUUGGGUAUCCAUAUCCGGCACCGUUAGCCAUGGCUCCCGGGAUGGGUUUGGAGUAUUUAGAUGGUCUUUUGGACAAGAACAAGAGCAAGAGUACGAAGAAAAAGCUUACAAGGGUAUUGCCACCACAGAAGGAUGCUUGGAGGACAGUGACUGAUACAGAAAUCGAUGAGUACAUAAAGAGGCUGGUGACAGGGAGCUAUGAUCCUGCUGGCACGUGCCGGAUGGGUCUUACAAAGAAUGAGGGUGUAGUAGACCAGAACCUGAAGGUAUUUGGAGUAUGCAACUUGCGAAUUGCAGAUGCAAGUGUGCUUCCCCGGUGUGGGGGCGCCUCAAUAUCGGCGUCCAUUUAUAUGAUUGCGGAACGGUGCGCUGAGUUUAUCAUGAAGCAGGAUAAUUUUCUCUCCUAG